CAUAUUUCAUAAUGUCAUUUCAAUUGUAUUCAAUUGCAUCAAACUCAUUAAACAUGUUGUUCGGUGGAUUUUUGUUGUGUUUACUGAUUAUUUCAACAGUUUGUGCAAAUCCAGUUCCAUCAAAUCAGUCAACAAAAUUAGAUAAAAUAAUGCGCUGUGAUUGCAAAGUAAAAACGAUGAAUUACGUGAUUGAAUUCAAUAAUACAGACAUCUUCAACAAUAUCACAGUGCACGAAAACGAUGUGCUGUCAGAAGGGACGAUAAAGCUUAUACAGGAAAAACAUGGACUAACAAAAACAGGUGAAUUGGACCCUGAAUUUUGUGCAUUGAUGAACAAUCGAUUCCAAAAUAAAAUCCUCAAUUGGAGACUCAUAAAUAAAUCCACGAAAACUGAAAGUGAUAUGGCAGCUCUUAAAAAUACAUUGAACGCGGCAUUUGAAAAGUGGUCAAAGGUAACCAAGCUGAAAUUUCGAUACGUGGACAGUGCGGACGCUGAAAUUCAAGUGGUGUUUGGAAGCGACGAAAUAAACUGCGAAAAUGGCAAAAAAUUAACAUAUUCCAAUGAUAAACAAUUUGGAUGCGCAUUCCUACCGGGAGACAUCAAAAAUGGCGGUGAUGUGUACUUCUAUGAGGCAAAUUGGAGGCCAGAAAAUGAUAGCAGUGGAAGACCACUACUACCAGCAGCAGUAUACGCGUUCGGAUAUGCAAUCGGAUUAAAAAAUGCAACGUUUGACAAGAAUGGCGAAAUAUCGGCGUCGGAAAUAAAUGAAGUGCAGAAAAUUUACAAUCCACACCGUGCAAAGCCUUGGACAAUGUUGACAAAUUAAAAAGUAAUAUACACAUUCGACUGAAAAUGUUGUAAAUAGAGUAAAUUGAAAAAGAAUUAAUUUUAAGGUGACAGGGAUACUUCGGACUGAACUGCGUAUUUAA